CGUAAAAUAAUAAGUUUUUAAUCCAACAUAAAUGUCGAAUGUUUUCAACUCUUUAUAUAAUUUAUGGACUCAUUGUGGGUGUUGUCUGGUUCGUCAACUUUGCAAUACACUUUUGAGAGGGGACGCAAAAGAGAGCGAAAAAAAAAAUCCCCAUGUCCACUAGAGGGCUCCGUAGACUGUACCAGUAGCAAAGCAAAAGUAUAAAAUGCCACGUUAGGGCUAGCUGAUAUGGUAGCAGAUUCUGACUAGCUAGCUAGCUCAACACUCUAGCUUGGAUGAAGUUUAUAUAGUUGACAGAGCUGAUGUGUUCAAAGUGAUAGUGGAAGUGAUAUAUCUGAAAAAACAUAAUUAUUAACAUAAUGAUCAUUCAAAUAAUUAGUAAUUGCUGAGAAUGGGUUUUCUGUUCAUAACCUCUCCUUAAUUGGUGUGAGUUUGUUUAACCCCUAUGUGAAACAGGUAUAUUCUUUUUGAAUUGUGUUUUAGGAGAGUCCCUCCUGUCAAUGUCCGCAUCACCUGUGCCCUGGGAAUUGUCACCCGCUUUCCCAGUUUGAAAAAUAAUUGCUCACCAACUGGCUAUGAACAUUUCUACGAUCCUCAAAGUGGACAGGGCUACCUGGCCUAUCGAUUGAAAAACGCUCAGCGUAACACUGCAAGUGACUUUAAGAGGAACUCCCUGACUGCUCAAGAACUACAAGGCAGACCUCAACAUCUGAACAGCUGUUUGGUGAUGGAUGCAAAGAAGCAAUGUCCAUAAUGAAGCAUGCAUCAGACCAGGACGUUGUUAAGGGGAAAAUGAAGGCAACAUUCAAGCAUAGACAGAAUAUGCUACAUGAUCUGGACCAGUCAUCACUCAUCUUGGAUCACUUCCCAAGAUUCUUGGAUACACCAGGCUUGAUUGAGCAGGACUUCAUCAUGCUCUUUGGAGAAGACAUCUUGGGGAAGUUUGUUGCAAGAUGGCCAACGUUCUACAAACCAAAGGUCAUCACUGUCAGCAAAAGCCUUGGACAGAGCGUUCACCUGGAUGACCUUCUGUCUGCUCAGGAGGAAUCAAGUGAUUAUGAAUGGGACAGUGACUUGGCAGCCAUUCUCCUGCUGGUUCAUCUCUUGCCUCCAACCGUCAAAGGGAAGAAACAUGUAAAAGUUAGUGCAGCUGAGGCAGCUGAUCGUGUUGUGAAGUUCAUGAAGGUUGGAACAAGCAUGGCAACAUUCCUUGGCAAAGUUGGAUCUGCACAGCCCUUCCUCCUCUGCGUUGGAGAGAAGAAGAGCAGUUUUCUGAAGUUCUACAUCAUCCUGGAUCAGAAGCCCAUUCCUUGUGCGCACAGACUGCAGUGGCUGCCUUCGAUGAACUUUUAAGGCACACUUUGUGUUUGCUGUGUCCUACAAUGCAACCCUCCUCAACUUCUACACAUUCAUCCAAACAACAGUUUAUGGGAUUGAUGCGGCAACAGCAAAGGAGAGCCUCAGAGUCACAAGGUUCAGCACAGAAAUUCUUCAACUCUUUUUCAGCGUUUGAAAUUUAGUCAUGCUUUGUAUCCAGGGCACAAAUUGCAUUUUAAACGUGGGGAACAUAGCUGUUCAUAUGUUUUUUUACACAUAUUCUGGGUUCAAAAAGCACUAGAUUCUGCUAUAGAUUCUUUUUAUGUGGACAAUGUUGGAGCAGAUAAUGCUGAGACUGAUGAUGUUUGUGCUGAUGAUGCAUUGAGUAGUACUUCUGUUAGUCAACAAGGACUUCCUAAAAAGAGGCAGUUAAUGGACAUGUGUUGCUCUGUUAUUGCCCAAGUUCAAACAUCUGGACUUUCUGGAAAUCUUGUGCAAUCUUUAACUUGUUCAAUGGAAGAGGUUGUUAAUGAUGUUCAUAUUCAAGCACAGGAUGCUGUUCUUGCAUAUCUUUCAUCUGAAGUGAAUGAGCAAACCUUAAACAAAGUCAGAGAAUGUUUUGAGAACAUGGAAAAUCUAUUCACACACCUUAACACUGUUUUGUAUGAGCUGUGCAUUGAAGGUCUGUAAUACUGAAAUGGGUUUAAUAAAAGUUUAACUUUCCAUUUCUGUGUAUUGUUUUGAAUAUUUUUUUACCACUGGAUUUGGUUGAUAUUGACACCUUGUGGGGUCAAUUAUUUACCUUUUUAACACGAUAUUAUAUUUGAGGUUAACACUACACUAGUGUUACUUUUGACAUUAUAUUUUAACACCAACACCGUUGUAAUGUUAAUGUGACACUCCAUAUUGUUGAAUAUUAACAAUAUCUGGUGUUAAUUUAACAAAAAAAUGGGUGUCAAACUUUUAACACUUUGAAAAGUGUUACUUUAACACCAGCUGACUUGGACACAUAUAGACACUUUGUGGGUGUUAAAAUUAACACUG